CCUGACGCGCCGGUGACGUCGACAGAGAACGACGUUUCCGUAGCAACUGGGGCCCGGCCCGUUAUAACUGCAGCGGUCGCUUACAACCGGAGCUGAUCGAGGAGUGAUUGGGGGGGAAGAGUGUCGUCGGUAACCGGACACCCACCUCUGGCUCGCGGCGGGGGGGUGUAGAGACACGGGGGCGACGUAGUAUCGAGGCGGCGAAGCCCGCAGCUGUGCGCGGAGAUGCUGAACAUGUGGAAAGUCAGAGAGCUGGUGGACAAAGCCACCAAUGUGGUGAUGAACUAUUCAGAAAUCGAGUCCAAGGUGAGAGAGGCCACCAAUGAUGACCCCUGGGGACCCUCUGGACAACUAAUGGGAGAAAUAGCCAAAUCUACCUUCAUGUAUGAGCAGUUCCCAGAGGUGAUGAACAUGCUGUGGACCAGGAUGCUGAAGGACAACAAAAAGAACUGGAGACGAGUCUACAAGGCCUUACUGCUGCUGGCCUACCUGAUCAGGAAUGGCUCUGAAAGGGUCGUCACCAGUGCCAGAGAACACAUCUACGACCUGAGAUCUCUAGAAAACUACCACUUCAUUGAUGAGAAUGGUAAAGAUCAGGGUAUUAAUGUGCGUCAAAAGGUGAAGGAGAUGGUGGAGUUCAUCCAGGAUGAUGACAGAUUAAGAGAAGAGAGGAAGAAGGCCAAGAAGAACAAAGAUAAAUACAUUGGCGUCUCCUCUGACAGUAUGGGUGGAGGAGGAGGCAGCUUUAAGAACUCUAAUGAGUUGGAUCGGAAUAAGUGGGAUGAAGACUGGGAUAAAAGCAGAGGAUCUUUCCCUUUUAGUGAGAAGCUCGGAGAGAUCAGUGAUAAGAUUGGCAGCACCAUUGAUGACACUCUGAACAAGUUCAGGAAGAAGGAACGAGAUGACUCGCCUGAUAGAAUUAGUGACAACGAGGAGGACCGAGUAUCAAGAAACGGUAGGCAGGAAACACUCGAGUUCAAGGAUGAGGAGGAAACAGUCACAACAAAGAGCAUUCAGAUCACACAAGCAACUGAAACCACCACCACCACCACACGGAAGCGCACCGUGGCAGCAACCAACAAGACCCUGGACCUGGGUGCUGCAGCCAACUAUACUGGAGACAAGAGCCCAGAGGAGAAGCCAUCAAGCAGGCAGUCUUCCAGCAGUGGUCUGGCUGACCUGCUUGUGAUCGACCCUUUAUCCAAUCAGAGCACUACAACAGGUGGCAGUUCAGACCUCAUUGGUGGUUUUGCAGACUUCUCAUCUCCUGCAGCUUCUGCCAGCCUCCCGACCUCCACUGCUGCUGCAUCAUCCAAUGGAAAUGGAGAAUUUGGGGACUGGAAUGCCUUUUCUGCCAGUCCUCCAGCAUCAUCUAGUUCUGGUCCCUCCCAGCCUGUCGCUGACUUGUUUGGCAGCGUCCAGUCACCCACAGCCCCGACUUCCAGUGCCACCUCUAUUCCACCUUCUGCUGAGCUUUUGGACCUGAUGGGCGGAGUUAACAAUCAAAUAACCAGUCCACAUACAACACUUAGUGCUUCUCAGAGCCUGACGUUCUCUCUGGGAGGGGUGACACCCAGCGCUUCUGGUGCUUUACCCACCAUGCCCCUCUCUCGUUCUCAACAGAGUUUGGGAGCCAUGUCAUCUCAGCCACCCAUAGGACAACAGCAGAAGGUUGGUGUUGGAGGUCAGGGAACAUUAGGGUCAACCUGGUCUGACCCCUCUGUCAACAUCAGCUUGGACUUCCUUUCAGCAGGCUUCAACCCCACUAAGACACCACCCACACUCAACAAUAUCAUCCAGCAACAAGGCGUGCCUCCCGUCAACCUGUUGGCCCAGAACUUCGGAGGACUGAACCUCAGCUCUCCGCCCCAUGCGGCAUCAAUAAGACCACCAGCUAAUCCCAUGAUGGUAGGCAACCCCAUGACAAUGGGCAUGCCUGCAACAAUGCCUGGCUCCCUCGCCACAGGUAUGCCAGCUUCAAUGACCACAGGUUUACAGGGUGGGAUUCCUGUAAACCAAAGCAUGAUGGGAAUGAACAUGAACAUGAAUAUGGGCAUGUCUGCUCCGGUGAUGAUGGGCAGUAUGGCUGGAAUGGGAGUUCCAGCAGUAGGGAUGGGCCUACCACACUCCAUCACCCCAGCUGUGGUCCCACCCAAACAAGAUGCCUUUGCUAACUUUGGCAGUUUUGGGAAAUAAAGGUUUGUGUUUGUGUGCGUAUGUGUGUGUUCGAGUGAGAGAGAGUUGUGUGCGGGUGUGCAUGUCUGACUUGAUGAGGGAGUGAAUUAUGAAAGGACUGCUGUACUCGAAGACAACCUUGCAUGAGUCUCUUUUUCUGCUUCUCCUUCCUUUGGUGAAGUAAUCAUUCGUCAUCCCAGUCUGCUGAUACAGGGGGAGGCAGGGGAAAGCGCCCACUGGUGCUCCUCAUCCGGUGGUAAUUAGAUGUGUGAAAUUCUCAGUAAUGGAGAGAAGGUGUCAUCACAAAGCCUCUAGUCAUUACCUCCUUGUAGGGGGUAAAAUCUUCGUCUUUAACGGUUUCAUAUACAGUAUUAUUCACGGUGUAUCUCUCUUCAGUACAGAAACACUGCAAAAUCUUUCCAUCUGUAUCUGCUCAGAGAAAUUAAUCACUACAGUGGACUCCAAUAAAAAUGGCAUUACUGCCUUAACUUUUUAUAGCUAUGAAAUCAUGUUCUGUGCGGUUUCAACCAAAUUCAGUAGCAGAAUAGAAUCUGUUCCAUCAUGCCAAGAGAUAAAUUUAUUUCCUUCAUCUCUUUCACACUGACGCUGUGUGAGCCACUGCUAAUUCAGCCUCAGUGACUUGAGAACCAGCCCAGAUUUCAACAGGUUAAAGAAGCGAAUAUUACAGUGUUAUGUAACUGAAGUUGUUUAAAAAAACACACAAUUUUUUUUUGUGUGUGUGUUUUGACAGCUGCAGCAGUCUUUUGUGCACCAGUACCUGCACUCCGUCUGCAGAAGAGAGGCACUUGUACCUCUGGAGUGUAGACAAUUCUUAAUCUGGUCCAUCAAAGGGCAGAAACCUGUACAUGUUGAGGUACCACUCGAUGCUUAUUCUUGAGCCAUAUAAGCGUGGAUUAAUUGCUUUCUUGUUUUUCUUUCUUAUCAGGCUUGUAGCUUUUCUCCAUAAUGGAUGCUCAGUAUGUGAAUAAAAGGCCCUUCAAAAUAGAACAAACUAAUAUAUCUACUGUAAAACACUCAGAGGUCCUUUAAAGUUCAUAACAGUAAGUUACUGUUAAAAGUGGCACUUGCCCUGUAUUUAUAUUUUAUUCUAGGUGCAUCUGACAUCUACAGGCCUCAUUAAAAGGCUGUCAGUAUUUUAUUCAGAGUAUUUUCCACUCUUAUUUUCCCUUAAACCUCCCUGUGAUUGUGUCAUUUCUUUCUACAUAAUUCUGUUAGGUCUCUUCUGCUUUGCGUAUGGACACCAUAUAUGUAUUGAUUGCGGGAAAGGGCGGAGUCAGUAUUUACAAAACUGAAAACACAAUCUGCAACAUUUUUGUUUGAGUAAGACACAGUGCUGAAUUUUUUGAGACAGCUGCCUGGUACGUUUAUUUGGAAAGUAUUUUUGUCAACUCACACGUCACUUGGGGGUGGGUGUCUCUUGGUUGCUAAGGAGAAAUCUGGCCUCACCUUUUGAUACUUCAUCUGCUUAGUUAUCAUAAAUGGUUAUGAAAGGUUUGGGGAUCUUGAGUGGAGUUUGUGUGAGAGGUGUGUGUGUGCGUGUGUGCGUGUGUGUGUGUGUGUGUGUGUGUGUGUGUGUGUGUGUAGUUUUCUCUGUUUGAUGUGCAAACACAGCUCAGCAGAACCUCUUGUCAUGUUUUUCAGGCACUGCACUCCAAAAGACCAAAUCUUUAUUUUGUUACUCUUAAAAUGAUAACUCCAUAGCUAUUAGUUUAAUAUUUUAUUAGUUGUAAUUUUAUGUUCAUAUGGGAGAGCUACUGAUGAUGUAAUUUAGUUAACUGAAAUCAUGAUUUUAUUUUAUUUUUUCUCAGUACAGCUCAUUUUAUUUGAUUGUACCCUAUAUUUUCUGUAAUUCAUUCAACAAUAAAUUAAAUGACAACAUGAA